AUGGGGGAACAAGCCACCCGCACAAAAUGUGCUCUCAUAAUCCAAGGAACUGGUGUAUUUAACACUCUAAACGCAUCCCCACACCACAUACUGAUACUGGCACCGAAGGAGAUCGACGAAAGCUACACCCGCAAAGCCAAGGAGCACAGGGUGGUGAUUGAGAAUCAACAAAGAAAGGCAGUCGUAGAACACAUGAAAGAGACUGUAGAGGAGACAAAAACCUCAUACCCGAGACAUAGCUCCGAGAAAAUGCACCUAUGGAGAGUGGGAGGAGCUGCUGACUCACAAGUAGCGAGAGGAGGAAAGAGGAGAAGAAAUGAAACACAAACAACUAGGAAAAAAAGGGAGUAA